AUGCCAAUUUGUGAUGAUAAUGAGAAGCCAUAUGUCGGUAAGACAUUCAAAUCCAUUGAGGAGCCGUGGAAAUUUUAUAAAGAUUACGGCUAUGCUUCUGGUUUCGAUGUUCGGAAAGGAUCCAGCAAAAAAGGGAAAUCCGGUCAGAUUAUUUAUCGCCACUUUGUGUGCAUAAGGGAAGGCAUUCAUCAUGGGGUAAAUGAUGAGUCAUCAGGAAUGCAAUCAAAGACCAAAAAGAGACGUCGAAAGCCAUCUUCCAGGAAUGGUUGCAAAGCACGAAUGAUUGUUACCGUGCACAACGAAAGUGAAUACAUCGUUAGUAGUUUCACUAAAGCUCAUAACCACAAGUUAAUAUCUCUGGAAUGCCGACAUUUGAUGAAAUACAAUCGGAAUGUUGAUGCCUCACAUCAAAUGAUAAUGUUAAAAUGUGCUAAGGCCAACAUUGGACCAAUGAGAGCAUUCAGAGUUUUUAAAGAGCUGGUGGGUAGUUACGAAGAUAUUGGAUGUACGAGUAAUUACUUCAAAAAUUUAUCGUAUCAAAUGAAUUCGUACCCCGAUGGCUCCGAUGCACAACUGUUGUUGGACAGGCUUAUCACUAAACGUGAUCUUGAAGAUGGGUUUAGAUGUGAAUACUUGCUUGACGACUGCCAGAAGGUGAAGAGCAUAUUCUGGAGCGAUGGCAUCGGACUUCAGAAUUUCAGCAUAUUUGGUGAAGGCGUUUCUUUUGAUGCGACUUACACCAUGAACAAGUAUAACAUGAUUUUUGCACCAUUUACUAGAAAGGAUAACCAUGGUGGAUGUGUUACAUUUGCAGUUGGGUUACUGAGUAGGGAAGAUGUUAGUUCUUAUUCUUGGAUACUUAAGCAAUUUGUGGAAUGCAUGGGUCGCAACCCUACUAUGUUGAUAACUGACCAAGACCCCGCAUUGAAAAUCGCCGUGGAAAAAGUCAUGCCGAAUACCAGACAUAGGUUUUGCAUGUGGCAUAUAAUGAUGAAGGUCGCUCAGAAACUUCCAAUUUCCCUACGAGAUAAUGCCGAACUGACAAGUGGGUUAUACGAGGUGGCAUGGUUAGAAUUUGACGAGCCUGCUGAUUUUGAGGAGAAGUGGUUCGAGGUUAUAAACGAUUAUGGCCUGGACGAUCAUUCGUGGUUCUCAGACAUGUUCUCAUUGCGGAAAUAUUGGAUUCCAGCCUUCUUCCGUGAUUUACCAAUGAGUGGUUUGUUUAGAACGACGUCAAUGUCCGAAAGCGAGAAUAGUUUCUUCCAUAAGUUUCUGAAUCACAAUUCCAACUUGGCUUCCUUCUACAUUCACUUUGAAAGCGCUAUGCAGGCUCAAAGACACUCUUAUAAACAAUUGUGCAUGGCUGACCAAACUACCACACCACAUAUCGAGACUCACGCUCCCAUAGAGCAGCAUGCUUCUCGUAUCUAUACCAAGAAGAUUUUCUUGGAAGUACAGGUGGAGAUCAAAGAAGCAUUUGAUCGUUGCCGCAUUAAGUCAAUGGAUACAGGAGAUGAAGUACAUAAGUAUGUUGUUGAUGAUCGUUCAAAUGGUAUAUUUUUUGUCACUCAUAACAUGUUAGAGGAUACCAUUAUUUGUUCUUGCAAAAAGUUCGUGAAGAUUGGUUUGGUAUGUAGGCAUAUGUUUGUUGUAAUGCGUAACGUUGGUCUGAAAGCUAUUCCACAGAAGUACAUCGUUGAUAGAUGGUUGAAGGACGCAGGUGCAAGUGCGAUAUCAUCUGGCGGAACAAAGGCACACAACAGGCCGUUAUUCUCAGAGGCAUUUAGAUGUAUUUCAAUCGCUGAAGGGAAUGAGGCUUUAACCGCAUCCCUUCUGUCUGAACUGAAAAGAUGGGCAGAUGCAAAUGAGACGCCGACCAUGACGCCUGCAACUGCUAAGGAAAGAAUGUUUGAGACGUUCUAUGGAUCUAAACUACCAACUGAAAUAACAGUACACCCCCUGACCCGGUAA